GCAGGCGGGAUGCGAGGCUGUCGAUUGACGUGGCAUUUCCGUAUGCUUCGUGCGUCGAAGAAAGAAUGUAGUGGAGGGAAAUCUGCGAGGGGGCGGGGUCAGCAGGCCGCGGGGGAGGGAGAGCGGGACGCGCACAAGGAUGGUGAGGGCAAGGAUGACAUAGCGGGCGGACGUGUGCAUUGCUGGCGCCGUUCGCGAGGGCGGGCUCGCGCAAGUUGGCGGUCGGGAGCAAGAGUGAUAUUCGGCUGACUGCGCUGGCGCUGCGCGUCUGCCUGACCCGCGGCAAUCUCGGCGUGAGCGUUCCAUCGCAUGGUGACCGUCACUGACGUCAUGUGCAGGUGGGGCACAUCAGCGUCCCCCUCGGCCUCUUUCCAGCGAACCUUCACCAUCUCCCUUGAAGUCCUGCUCAGCUUAGAUAGACACGAUAUAGUCUUCCACCAUGACUACCCGUAUGCCCAAGCUCAUCGCCUUUGACCUCGACUAUACCCUCUGGGACCUUUGGAUAGACACGCAUGUUACUGGCCCUCUUCAUCGCAACAAGAACACGCUGAACGAAGUUCGCGAUCGACAUAACGACGUGAUCUGCUUCUACAAGCAAGUACCCGACAUUCUUCACCGCAUACGCGAUGCCGGCGUCACCAUCGCUGCCGUCUCCCGGACAUGUGCACCGAAUCUUGCCCGGCAAGCCCUGUCAUUGCUGCUAGUGCCACCCAAGCGCGGCGAUGCGGAUGGUAAAGUUCUGAAGGCGGAGAGCUUUUUCGACGAGAUGGAGAUAUACCCAGGAUCUAAGCUCAAGCACUUCAAGAAGAUCCAUGAGCGUACCGGCAUCCCGUACGAUGAGAUGCUAUUCUUCGAUGACGAGCAUCGAAACAGUGAAGUGGAGAGCCUCGGCGUUACCUUCUGCCUCGUUCGAAACGGCAUGGACCUGCAGACAUUUGAGAAGGGUCUCGCGGAGUGGCGCAGCCGCCAUCCUGUAAAGGUCGUUGAAGACCCAGCUGGGGAUGCCGAUGAUUAGUGGACAAUAGUGACGACUGUGUCGUCGAUCGUAAGUCUGCAUCUGGCUGCGAGUGACAACGGAAGAGGGUUUCGUGAAAAUAGACAUAGAAUAUAUACUGGGAAGAUAUACCGCUUGUCCUCCUUUGCCAAUGCCCUAGAAUCUUCAGGGUACAAUGUCCAGGGUAGCGCUGACUGAAACAUUCAACCUCGG